AUGGAAAAAAAGGUGUUGGAGCAGGCGUGGCCAUUCAUUGGGAUGUACAUGGAGAAGCUACUUAGAGAAAAGAUCCAGUCAUCCAUCAGGUCCUCCAAUCCUGCACUCAAAGCGUUCACAUUUACCAAGAUUCAUUUUGGAUACAAACCUCUCAAGAUCACUGGAAUAAGAGCGUACACACAUGAAGUGGAACGUAGGGAAGUGAUUCUGGACAUGAAUAUAAGUUAUGAUGGUGAUGUGGACAUCAGCACUGAUGUGAGCCUGGCAAUCACAACUCUUGUGAAAGGACUUAAACUCCAGGGGAUGCUGAGGGUCAUUUUAGAGCCUCUUAUUGGUCAAGCACCGCUGGUGGGAGGAGUGACUUUUUUCUUCAUUCGCCGCCCUGUAAGUGGCCAGAGACUUUCUCACAGUCUUAUUAUGACGAGUGGAGCCUUGUGGUUAGUAAUGUCAAACCUUUUGACUACAUUUUUUGCUCUUUCAGUUGACCUGACUGUUAAUGUGAAUACUUGUGCUUUUUCAUCUCAGGGGGUGGUGAGGGUCCACUUGUUGGAGGCCAGAGAUCUGGUGGCUAAGAACACACACGUGAUGAAUUUAAUGAAAGCGAAAUCAGACCGAUAUGCCACACUGAGAGUGGGCAGCACGCAUUUCAAAAGCAAGACUGUCAAAGAGAAUUUGUUCCCAAAAUGGAAUGAAGUGUAUGAGUUUAUUGUCCACGAGGCCCCGGGGCAGGAGCUAGAAUUAGAGCUGUGCAAUGAGGGCGCAGACAAAGAUGAUUGUCUUGGAAGAUAUAACCAUGAUUUUGGAGAAGUGAAGAGGGAGAAACAAAUGGAUCAGUGGUUUCCUGUGGACAGGGCACUGCAUGGUGAAGUUCAUCUUAAGCUCCAGUGGUUUUCCCUUCAGACUGACACCAGCCUGCUGAAGGAGUCCACGGACAACUUUGCCUGUGCUGUGCUUGCAGUGUACCUGCAGAGUGCCACAGAUCUACCACUCACAAAGAGAACCACCUGUCCCAACUCCUUUGUGGAAAUGUCCAUUGACGACGACGUUGUUAAAAGCGAGGUUGCGUAUGCAUCUAAAGAUCCAGUUUGGGAAAAGGGUUUCACCUUCUUUGUGCAUAAUGUCAGUGCACAGGAGCUCAUUGUUCAGGUCAAAGAGCCUGAGAAGAAGAAUCUAGUCUGUGUUCUCAGCUUGCCCCUCAGUCACCUGCUCAGAACCUCCAACCUGACUCUAGACCAGCGCUUCAUGCUGGAGCGCUCUGGAGCAAACAGCCAGAUCAAACUGAGGGCCACUCUCAGGAUUCUUAAUUUGGAAGAGCCUCCAUCCCAGACUAUCUUCAGUCCUCCUCCACAAGGCAAACAACAACAGGCCAGAAAAUCAGGGUACAGCUCAGUCUCCAAUCCCUCCAAUGCUCCACCCUCCUCUCACACAGCUUCCUCCAACAAUAUCCCUGCUGCCUCUACUCCGAACCUGGAGGGAGCAUCACCAAGCAAAGGCUAUUUGGCUCAAGGCUGUGGCUCCUCCCAGGCGCCUGAAAACAGGAAGCAAUCAUCUUCAUCAAUAAACUUGCGUCGGUUCGACUCCCACAGCCUGCUGUUAGAGAACGUUAUUGAUUCAUCGCGAUUCGACCUGUCAGAUGGAGCCUCCUAUCCAGAGGCCAUUAGGAAUCAUCUGGGUUCAUUUGGAGAGAUUGCGUUGUCUGUACAAUAUGCAGCCAUGAGGAACAAACUCAUGGUCUUUGUUAACAAUUGCAGGAAUUUAUUCCCUUGCAGUGAGAACGGCACAGACUCUUACGUCCGCCUGUAUCUCCUUCCUGUCCAAAGCUUGAAGCAUCGCAAGAGGACCGGUGUCAAGAAGAGGGCGAUCAAUCCCAUUUUCAAAGAAAAGUUUCAGUUCGAUGUGACACUCAGGGAAGCACAAACUAGGAAGUUGUAUGUGUCUGUGAAAAGUAACAAGAUGUUGGUCUCCAGAGAAAGAAAGGGCAUUGGCUUGGUAUGUUAUGCUACGUCAGGGUAAACGGCAUUGAUACCUUAAAAAUAAUAAAACUAUACACUGAGGAAUAUUCCUAUUUGUAAAUAAACAUUUUUAUAGUAAUUAGAGUGAUAUAUGCUUCUGAUAAAAAUAAUCUUA